AUGAAACCCUCGGUGCCUUCAAGGCCACGACGACACAACCAUGCGUCUUCUCAAUACCGAGACUGGGCAGUUUGAGGAACGCGAUCCUGAGAGCACCAAAUACGCCAUCCUGUCGCACACAUGGGAUGCGGUCGAGCAGACGUACGAAGAAGUCCGAGAACUCCAGCGACCGUACGCCAGCAACGGUCUCUCGGCGAAGGUCCGGGACGCGUGCACCGCCGCGCGCGAGGCGGGCUACCGGUACAUCUGGAUCGACUCAUGCUGCAUCGACAAGACGAGCAGCUCGGAGCUCUCUGAAGCCAUCAACUCGAUGUACAAGUGGUACGCCCUCUCAGCGGCGUGCUACGCCUACCUCGCCGACGUACCCUUCGACGAGGACCAUCGCGCGAGCAGGUCCUCCUUCCGCAGGAGCCGGUGGUUUGAGCGCGGCUGGACGCUCCAAGAGCUAAUCGCGCCCCUCGAGGUCAUCUUCCUCUCCCAGGACUGGAAGGUCAUUGGGUCGAAGCACACGCUCGUCGACCUCGUCUGGGACGUCACGGGCAUCCCCGAGGAGGCUCUGCUACACAUGGAAUCGCUCGACGCGUUCAGCGUAGCGCAGCGGCUUUCGUGGGCCGCCUCGCGCCAGACGACGAGGGAGGAGGACCACGCGUACUCGCUGCUCGGGAUCUUCGACAUUAACAUGCCGACCCUCUACGGCGAGGGCAAACGCGCUUUCCGGCGGCUGCAGGAGGAGAUCGUGCGUCGGGUGCCGGACCAGAGCCUCUUCGCGUGG